UUGCUUUUGUCUCCAGUUCCCUGCCUGAAACUUCUGCUCAGCAAAGUCCUGGGACUGUCCAUCAUCGCAGGAUCAGUGAUGGUCAAACUCCCUCAGAUAUUAAAGAUUGUGAGGGCGCAGAGCACGGAGGGCCUCAACUUUAACUCUAUCCUCCUGGAAAUGCUAGCCAUCACCGGCACCAUGGUUUACGGGAUGAGGAACUAUUUCCCCUUCAGCUCCUGGGGUGAGGCGUUGUUCCUGAUGCUGCAGACUCUAACCAUUGGCUUUCUGAUCCUGCAUUACAGUGGCCAGACACAAACAG